AUGCUUAAUCGCUUGUUGGUACCUUCAAUUGGAUGGAAAGUUCCAAAAAUUGUUGAGAAGCAUUUACAUAGCGAUAUACUUUCCCGUCAACUCUUUCGAGUUGUUUCGUCAUCUCAUAUCAUAAAAAUUCCGCACGCUAGAUUAGUAGGAGUUCGCAAAUAUAAGGAGUCUAGUAUUCGUCACUUAUUCGGCUCCCCAGAACCCACGAGUAAACUAAAGUCAAUUUCCUCCAAAGAUGACUUAAACGAUUUGCUCAAGGAUUACAGUCCUACGAUCCAACUUCAAAUAGUCGAAGCCUAUAGACGUGGUAUUCAAUCAGUUGGUGGAAGUGCAACUCAGAAGAAAACGAGUACGAUUCAAUCAGUCACCACGAUCAUUCUCAGAAUCGUUUCCAUUGGCCUCGGCGUCAUUUUGAUUCUAUUCUUGAUCAAAGCUCCGGAACGUGGUCUUAAUGGAUCUUUUUCUAAAAUGUUUGAUUCGUCCAUCGCUGAAUUCGCGGAUAACAUCGAUGUUAAAUUUUCAGAUGUUCAGGGCUGUGAUGAAGUGAAGAAAGAGCUGGAGGAUAUUGUGGAGUUUCUGCGCAAACCAGAUAAGUUUGUUAAACUAGGUGCCAAAUUGCCUCGUGGGGUACUUCUUGUGGGACCCCCCGGUGUUGGAAAGACUCUACUUGCUCGUGCAGUAGCUGGAGAGGCUCAGGCAAGUUUUCUUUAUUCAUUUUCUAUCAAAAAUGUACCCUUCCUCCACGUCACUGGAAGCAACUUUGAGGAGAUGUUUGUAGGAAUGGGCGCUUCUCGCGUUCGUCAGUUGUUCGCUGCCGCCAAAGAGCACGCUCCCUGUUUGGUAUUCAUUGACGAAAUCGAUUCUGUUGGUCGCACACGAACCUCCUCGCCUCUACAUCCAUACUCCAAUCAGACUAUUAACCAGUUACUUGCUGAAAUGGAUGGUUUUUCUCCCUCUGAGGGCAUCAUCGUCCUUGGAGCAACCAAUCAACGUGAAGAUUUAGAUAAGGCUCUCAUGAGACCGGGUCGUUUCGAUUUUCAAGUCCAUGUGUCACCUCCUACUUAUGAAGGACGGGUGGCUCUGUUCAAGCUCUACCUCUCCAAAGUCUCAGCCUCCAAUGAUGUGCAGAUUGAGAAACUGGCGUUGAGCACAGUGGGUUACACUGGUGCAGAGAUUCAGAAUCUCGUCAAUCAGGCGGCAAUUUCUGCGGGUUUGAAAAACGAUAAGGAAGUCACUAUGGCCCAUCUCUGGGAUGCGCGCGAUCGACUCCUUAUGGGCCCCGCACGACGUCGUUCCGCCGAUGCCGAGAGCAACAAGAUCGCUGCUUAUCAUGAGGCUGGGCAUGCGCUCAUGUCGAUCUACACGAAGGAUAGUGAUCCUGUUCACAAGGUAACGAUCAUUCCCCGUGGUGAGUCGGGUGGCCACACAAGUUUCAUUCAAGACAAAGACCGGGAUUACAUAACUCGCACUCAACUACUCGCCAAAUUGGACGUAUCUAUGGGAGGUCGAGUUGGUGAAGAAUUGCUCUUGGGAGAAGAACGAGUCACCACUGGUGCCAGUUCAGAUUUCAGUAAAUUGGGACCACGUGUCUACAGAUCCGAGAGGGACGGAGAACUCAGUCAAGCAACACGCGAUAUCAUAGACAAGGAGGUCGACGAACUUCUCAAUAGUUCUCUCAACCGUGCCCGCGACAUUCUCACGAAACACCGCAAGGAACUUCAACUCUUGGCAGAGGCCUUACUCUUCUAUGAGACUCUCAGUUUGGAUCAGAUCAAGGAUGUUAUUGCUGGAAGGAUGAAGCCCCAAGGAAGCCAUCCUGUUGGUCAGGAACCCAAAAUUCCUUCUUUAUCGCCUGUGACGAAACCGCAACCUGCCGCUUGUGAACAUUGUGGUGAUUUAUAG